AUGGCGGACACACUGCUCAACGCAGAAGACGAAGUAAUAAUCUCACGUUAUCUGAAGCCUAUGAUCGUUAACAGAGUAUCAUGGCCUGAUCUCUUCAUCGAAGACGCAGACGUGUUCAACAAGGAUCCAUAUGUGAAGUUCCAUGCUGAGAUCCCUAGCUUCGUGAUCGUUAAACCACGAACAAAGGCUUGUGGUAAAACCGAUGGAUGUGAUUCGGGUUGCUGGAGGAUCAUUGGUCGUGAUAAGCUGAUAAAGUCGGAGGAGACUGGUAAGAUUCUAGGGUUCAAGAAGAUACUCAAGUUCUGCCUAAAGUGGAAACCUAGAGAAUACAAGAGAAGUUUGGUAAUGGAAGAGUAUAGGCUUACCAAUAACUUCAACUGGAAGCAAGAUCAUGUGAUUUGCAAGAUUCGGCUUUUGUUUGAAGCAGAAAUUAGUUUCUUGCUAGCCAAGCAUUUCUACACUACAUCAGACUCACUUCCUCGAAAUGUGCUGUUGCCAGCUUAUGGAUUCUGUUCACCAGAUAAACAAGAGGAGGACGAAUUUUAUCCGGUGACGAUAAUGAUUUCAGAAGGAAAAGAUUGGCCUAGCUACGUUACCAACAACGUGUAUUGUCUGCAUCCAUCGGAGCUUGUGAAUGUUCACGAUGGGAAGUUUCAUGAUAACGGAAUCUGCAUCUUCGCUAACAGGACUUGUGGUGUAACCGAUAAAUGCAAUGAAGGUUACUGGAAGAUUAAGCACCGUGAGAAGCUGAUCAUGUCACGGUACGGGCAGACCAUUGGUUGGAAGAAAGUUUUUCAGUUUUAUGAAACGGAGAAAGAAAGACAUUUUGGUAAUGGAGAAGAAGUGAAGGUAACUUGGACUCUAAAAGAGUAUAGGCUUACCAGAAAAAUGAACAAGAAUAAAGUGGUGUGCGUUAUCAAGUAUAAGGUAAAGUGUUUACCGAGGAUAACUAGCUAG